UAACUCUAAUGAAAUUCUAAGGGAAGGACAAAGUGGGAGAAGUCACAUGAAGGAAACCAGCCACGCCUCAGCCCGCCAACACCACCAGAAGGUAGCACCCGACACCAAGACCAGUGUGCGCAAGCCUCUUACGCAGCGGCAUAAACUCCACCCUUCCCAGACUACUGCGCAUGCGGUUAAUUCGCCGGCCAUCACAAGAUGCGGGCAGAAGCACGAGAAGGAAGUGGUGCUUGCGGGCUCUGCUGGGAUCGUGGAGCGCCUAGAGCGGCGCUAGCAAUGUGGCGUGAGCGCUGCCUGAGGGGAUCCUGCAUGUUGCCUCUACUACUGUGGCUGCAGGCGGCGGGCUGGGCCGCAGCGAGUAGCCAGGAGUCUCAGCUGCCUCUGGUCAUGAACACCUGGGCAUUUAAGAACGCUACCGAAGCAGCUUGGACUACCUUACAGGAAGGAGGCUCUGAACUGGAUGCAGUAGAGAAAGGCUGUGGUCAGUGUGAAAUUGAGCAGUGUGAUGGAAGUGUGGGGUACGGAGGAAACCCAGAUGAACAUGGAGAAACGACCCUGGAUGCUAUGAUUAUGAAUGGUAAUACUAUGGAAGUUGGGGCAGUAGCAGAUCUCAGACGCAUAAAAAAUGCUAUUGGAGUGGCACGGAAAGUGAUAGAACAUACUAGGCACACCUUACUGGUUGGAGAGUCAGCCUCGCUAUUUGCAGAAAGCAUGGGGUUUCCAAGUGAAGACUUGACUACACAGAAUUCUCUUUCAGUAUAUUUAAAGUGGCUUAAACGAAGCUGUCAGCCAAACUUCUGGAAGAAUGUUACACCAGAUGCUUCAAAAUCAUGUGGGCCAUACAAACAAACUGCAGAGUUCAGGGAAGAAGAACUGAGCAUCUCAGAGAGAAGAAUACAAGUUCAUAAUCAUGAUACUAUUGGUAUGAUUGUGAUUGGUCGAACUGGAAGCAUUGUUGCGGGGACAUCCACAAAUGGUGCAGACCACAAAAUUCAGGGACGUGUGGGAGAUUCUCCAAUAGCUGGAGCCGGAGCAUAUGCUGAUAGCACAGCUGGAGCUGCAGCUGCGACUGGAGAUGGGGAUGUGAUGAUGCGCUUCUUGCCCAGCUAUCAAGCAGUGGAGUAUAUGCGGACAGGAGUAGAUCCAACCAUAGCAUGCCAAAAAGUUAUUUCUAGAAUUAAGAAAUACGAUCCAUACUUCUUUGGUGCUGUUAUCUGUGCCAACGCAAGUGGAAGUUAUGGUGCCGCCUGCAAUAAAGUUCCAGGAUUCACACAGUUUCACUUUAUGGUUUCUAAUCCCGCUCUGAAGCAACCGUCUGAGCAAAUGACAGGGACGUAGCUGGGCCACCAGCCGAAGUUGGGAAAAAGCACCCCAUGCCACCGAGGCUAUCUGAGCCUCCAGCGACAGGGAUGGAUCUAAAAGAACUCCCAAGCUACGAAUCUGAGCAUUCAGAGGGAGUGCAGCCCCAUCCAGAACAGGUCGAACAUCCACCAUCUGGUCAGGAGAACCACCCACCAGCAGCAUCUCAGUCAUGUCUGGAUUAAGCCUCAGUUUGUUAGCUCUCAUCCAGUCCAUUGUCGCAGCCAGACAUCGAUUCAGCACGUCGAUAGCCUCACCUGAAAAAGAUGAAAAGGAGAAAUAGAGUUGCGUGUCAUCAGCAUACUGAUGGCAACGUACUCCAAAACUCCUGAUGACUGCACCCAGUGGCUUCAUGUAGAUAUUAAAAAGCAUGGGGGACAGAACUGACCCCUGCGGAACCCCAUAUUGGAGGUCCCAGGGUGCCGAGCAAUGUUCCCCAAGCACUACCCUCUGGAGACGGCCCGCCAAGUAGGAGCGGAACCACUGCCACGCAGUACCGCCCACUCCCAAAUCAGUGAGUCGUCCCAGAAGGAUACCAUGGUUGAUGGUAUCAAAAGCCGCUGAGAGAUCAAGAAGAAUCAGCAGGGUCACACUCCCCCUGUCUGUCUCCCGACAAAGGUCAUCGUACAGGGCGACCAAGGCUGUCUCCGUGCCAAAACCAGGCCUAAAGCCCGACCGAAAUGGAUCCAGAUAAUCGGUUUCAUCCAAGAGUGUCUGGAGCUGGUUGGCAACCACUCGUUCCAGGACCUUGCCCAGGAAUGGGACAUUAGCUACCGGCCUAUAGUUGUUAAAGUUUUCCGGGUCCAGGGAUGGUUUCUUCAGGAGUGGGCUUACUGUCGCCUCUUUCAAGAGGCCAGGGACCACUCCCUCCCGCAAAGAAGCGUUAAUCACCGUCCUGGCCCAGCCGGCUGUUCCAGUCCUGCUAGCUUUUAUUAGCCAAGAAGGGCAAGGAUCCAACCUAGAAGUGGUCGCACGCACCAGUCCAAGCACCUUGUCAACAUCCUCAAGCUGUACCAACUGAAACUCAUCCAAAAAAUCAGGACAAGACUGUGCGCUGGAGACCUCAAUCGAUUCAACUGCUAUAACAUUGGAGUCCAGGUCCUGGCGGAUGCACGAGAUUUUAUCCUGGAAGUGCCUAGCAAAUUUGUUACAGCACGUCUGAGAUGAUUGUACCAUGUCCUGGAUCAGGGUGCAACUGUCCCAGUUGGCCCAUUCCCUGCCCUCUGUAAAUGGGGAAGGCCUAUAGCUCCUGGGUACAGUAUCUGUUCCUGUUGGAUUGACUUGGAACCACCUUUGCUCACACAGAGGCUAUGGAGAUCAGAAAUACUUGUUUGCAUUUGUGAUGUUUAAAGAACAGUUUUAGUUGACUUCUACUCUUGUCCUUUUUGUUUACCAGUAUUAACUAAAUUGUUUCAUUGAGGUCCAUUCAGCUAUUACAUUGGUACAUUUAGAAGUAUUUUUCUUUGGCAGAGAUCAGGUGAAGCUUUGUGGAAGAUAUAAAAAAGCACUUGUUCAGGGAUUUGGAAUCAUUCUUUUAAAACAACUGGCAGCUAAAACAGUUCUUCAAACAAUUUUUUUUCUGUUACUCUAGAAGCAUUUUAAGAUGUCUGAUCAACUUAAAGCCAUCCAUUAAAAUUAAGUAUUUAAGUUGAUAAGGAAUAUUACUUUAAAUGAGAAUUUGAAUAAUGAUUGCAUCAUUGGAAUUCAAUGUUGAAAACAUUUUUAAAAUAAAUAUUUGUACAGUAUGUGUUUCUUUGGAGCUUGAAGCUUUGUUUCUCUCACUAGAAACUUAAAAGAUGUAUGUCACUGCUGGGGGCAUCUGUAGCCUUGCUAUGUCAGGAGUAGCCACUGUGGUGUCCUCCAGAUGUUGCUGGACUGCAGCUUCCAUCAACUCCAGCCAACAUGGCCAAUGGUCAGAGAUGAUGGGAGUUGUCCUCCAGAUGUUGUUGGAAGGCACCACAGUAGCUACCCCUAUUCUAUGAGUUCCUCUGAGCAUUCCCCUGGCCUAAUUCGAUGUGGUUCUCCCAGUGGGCAAUGGCAGCACUGGCUGUACAGACACUGGUUCCCAGAGGGACAGGAAGCAGAAAGCACAGAGGAAGUGGUCACUAAUGCUGCACCUGCUACCUUCAGGCUCUUUAUUGCUCUGUGGACUGAAAUGCAGACCAUCACAGCAACUGUUGCUGCUGUUUCUGUUAUCCACAGAGUCUGUUAGGCACUGUAGGAGGGGACAGAGGGAGGCCAAAUUAUUCAGCUGGAGUGAUGGGGCACUUAAAAGGUCCUUGCAGCUGAUGCCCUGCUUGGCUGACAAAAAUGGUCCCCAUGCAGCAGCUGGAAACGGGGGGGGGAGAGUUCUGCUGAAGAUGAGUGUCCCAGGAGUGGGAUGGGAGCAGGGAAGGAGCCAACAGUUGCAGUGGGAUGAGAGGUGAGGAACCCCCCCCCCCAAUGGGCUCUGGACAUUUCCACAGCUAGAGAACCACUGCAAAGGCUAGGGGGCUCUUGGGUCUGAUGAGAGAGUGGAGGCUGGGAGACAUGGAAGUUGGGCACAUAUCCCCACCUCGGAAGAUCCCAUCUGCCACUUACAGUGUUCCUUGCAAUCUCCCCCAUGUCUAAGAGGGGCUCCCAUUUUUUCAUGCUAGGCUUGAUCAUUCCAGUUGGUGGGAGAGAGAGGAGCUGCAGAAGGAGAGAGAGAAGAGGGAUAGCUCUGACUACUUGGCUGUAGCUCCUGAUUCCCUUUUCAAUGGGCCAGCAGAAUGGUGUUGCAUAGUAGCUGUACCUGGACUCUGAACAAAUUCCAUUCCAAAUCUAGUGUAUGGGGGUUAAUCAGUUUGUACACAUGACAAUGAGGUAACAGUCAUUUAUUUUGUCUUAUGCACUUUUGCCUGUUAUUCAGGAGUUUUACAACUGUCUGCUUGCUGGACAGAAGUCAUGGGUGCGUUCUUGGUGCAAUGAGCUCCUGGCUGUCUGGAACAAGUUUGUUUCCUUGAGGCCAAGGCAGCUGAGCUGGAAAAGCUGAAAGAGAGGGAGGUUUCUGGAUGAGGCCUUUGGGGACAUCUUAGCUGUGUCCCACUGCCAGGAUGAUAGCUCUCCUGCUAUUGGGAAGGGGCCCGUUCCUUGGAGAGAGAGUGCUGAGGAUACUUCUCCAGAGGGUGAAGGGAUACCGGUUGUGGGUGAUUCAGUCAUUAGGAACAUAGAUAGUGGGUGUGUGAUGGGAGUGCAGACUGCAGGGUCUGGAUGUCGCCUGACAUCUAGGUAGCUUGGUAUAUAGUGUUGAGGAGGAGUCAGUGGUUAUGGUGCAUGUUGGUACCAAUGGUAUGGGGACAUGCCGUUGUGAGGUCCUGGAAGCAAAAUUUAGGUUGCUAGGUAGGAUGCUGAAAGCCAGGACCUCCAGGGUAGCUUUUUCUGAAAUGCUAUUGGUUCCACACACAAGGCCAGCUAUAUAGGCACAGUUUUGUAGUCUGUGGGUAGAGAGAUACUGUUCUGCCGAUUCCAAUGGUGUCUCCACCUGUCUUUUCUGAAAAUGAGGGCACACAAUGCUAGUCAGACCCCACCCCUUUUUACUAUAAAACCUAGUGGGAUCAGUUUGAGUGUUGUUUUUUUAAUUCUCUUCAAAGAGAUUUUGCAGCUGAUUGGCAGAUCAACCCUUUGUCCCUCCAAGUGUGGCAAAUGCAAACGCUUUGCUGUAGGCGACUAGUGUGCUCACACCCUCAAUGAGAGGAUGAGACGCUGGUGUCAGGAGGACGGGUUUGGAUUUGUUAGGCACUGGGGAACAUUUUGGGACAAGCUGGCCUAUACAAAAGGGCUUCACUUGAACUUGGAUGGAACCAGACAGCUGAUGCUUAAAAUUAAAAAGGUGGCAGAAUAGCUUUUAAACUGAUAGAGGGGGGAAAGCCGGCAGUAAUUGAGUAGCGUCUGGUUCAGAACAAGUCUCCCCCUGGCAAAAGACAUAAAAAAUUAGGGAAAUCGGGUAGUCCCAGAACCAGGCAUUGUGAGUGCAGGAGCACAGCACCAAUUUUGAGAGGCCAAAGUACCACAGGCCAAACAUUUCAAGAGAGAGACUGUAUACAAGUGUUUAAUGCUAGAAGCCUCCAAGCCAAGAUGGGAGAACUGGAAUGCUUGGUCUUAGAGAACAGCAUUGAUACUGUGAGCAUGAUGGAAACCUGGUGUAAUGGAGAAAACCAGUGGGACACAGUUAUCCCUGGAUCUAAACUAUAUUGGAAGGAGAGGAAAUGAUGUAUUGGAGGUGGUGUCACUCUAUAUGUGAAAGAGGGCAUUGAAUCCAGAAGCUAGAAACUCCCAAAGAGGCAGAGUCCUUUACAGAAUCAUUGUGUGUGGUAACAUGGCCCCAGGAAUAAUUCAGUACUGGAGAUGUUCUAUAAAGCUGUAAAUCAGGUAUGGGGAGCCUAUGGUUCUCAAGAGGCUGCUGAACUACAAGUCCCAUUACCCCUGGCCAUUGGCCAUGCUUGCUGGAGCUGAUGGGAGUCAUUCAGCAACACCUGGAGGGCCAAAGAGUCCCCGUGCCUGCCGUAAUCCAAACAUUAAUAGGGAGUGGUAGUUUCAUACCUAAUCUCUUGGUUGCAAACAUAUGCCCUUAAAAAGAAAUAUAGAGAUAGACCUUAGUAGGCUUUAGGUCUUUCUUGGAAUUUUUACCCUAUAGUAUUCCAACAGUGCAAUCAUAUAUGAUCUGCUUAGAAGUAAGCCCCAAUAAGUUCAAUGAGACUGACUUCUGGGGAAGUGAAUAUAGGAUUGCCGUCUUAAGUAAUAUUUGCUGAGCCAUUCACUGUAAUGAUUCUGAACUUCAUUUUUAUCUCGUGGAAUAUUAGGGGUUGUCUUUGUUACAUUAAAAGGAAAAAAUAGAAACUCCUUUGUAUUCUGAUGAAUUAUGCUACAUCCUUUUAAGAUUGCUCAGAUAAGUGCUUCUGAAGACUCCAGAUUAGGUGAAUCUAAAACACUCAAGCCCUCCCCCCUUUGGAACAAUCCAAAUUAUGAUAUUCCUUAAUAGACUCUGUCCUGCUAGUUUCAAAAUACUGUGCCUAAUGAAGAUAAUUUCUCCUUAUCACCAGUAUUGAUUAGAAUGUGAGACAUUUGCUGCAGUGUGGUUUAGGAAACCAAUUAAAGGACAAUAAGGAUAGCGAGUGGAGUUGUAAUUUUAUUAGACUACUAAAGUAGUAAUAACUGCAUUGGCUGAUAUAACAAGUUUCUUCUUCCUGCCAAGUGAAGUAGAAUCAACUCUGGGUGCACUUUUCACUGCCGAAUUUUAUACAGAGGUAGUCUUCCUACCUCUUCUGGGGUAGUAAACAAUGUCCCCAAGUGAGAUAGUCAUAGAAUCAAGUUUCAUAUCACUUCAAGGUGGGAUUUGAACCCAGGUUUCCUUAUCUAACCCUCAUAUGGAAUAGUUUGGUUGUCUAGAUAAGCCCCCUUUACAUGUUACUCAUGUGAAGAGGUCUCCACACAAUCAUAGGGUAGCAACACCACACUGCUAGUAUUGCUUUCUUCAGUCUGUUAGGUGUAUACGUCUGCUCAGAAACAUAAGAGCCUGCUGGAUCAGACCAAUAGCCCAUCUAGUCCAGCAUGCCGUUCUCACAAUGGCCAACCAGUUGCCCACAGGAAGCCCGCCAACAGGACCUGAGUGCAAAGAGCAUUCUCUCCUCCUGCGGCUUCCAGUAACCGAUAUUUGGAAGCAUACUGCCUCUGACUAUAGAGGCAGAGCAUAGCCAUCAUGGCUAGUAGCCGCUGAUAGCUUUAUCCUUCAUGAAUUUGUCUAAUCUUUUAAAGCCAUCCAAGCUGGUGCUUGCAUAAGAAGCAGUGGUGGCCACCAACUUGGGUGGCUUUACAAGAAGCCGCCCCCAUAUGCAGAUCUCUACAUCCAUAGGCUUGUUCUGGAGCUGGAAUUCUGUGCAGUCAGGGUUCCAACUCCAAGGGAAGUCUAUGCACAUAGUCUCACUGGUGCAGACAUCCACAACUAGUGCCUGGAUGAUGAAGACAUUUGUUUUUGGUACAUUUUCCCUUCAAUUUCCUAAAUGCAAAAAAAGUAGAUUUGCUUUUAUUUAUUAAAAAUUAGAUUUAUUAUCCUAGGACAACAGAGUGCUUUAAUCCAUUUUAAUAAUGCAAACCUAAAGUCCUGGUAUGCACUUGCAUCCGUCCUGCAAAAUAAUGACAGUGUGAAAGCACCCUUUGAGAAGGUUCCUAUAUAAGUGUUGUGUAAUGAUGGAGGGGAAAAUCCAUCAGCUGUGGUUUCUCAUGUCCUGCAGCUACAAUUCUAUGCAACUCUUAAAGAUAAAGGAGCCCUCUCAGGGUCUAGACCUGCCAGCCACAAUUCAUAUGAAAACAGUGGAGUGACAUGGCUAGCUGGAAAUUAGCAUUGCCUCCCACCUCUGAUUGCAGGAAGCUUUUUCUGUCUAGCACUCCACAUGCACUCUUCAAAAUUAAUAGCAACUUUUUAUUGACAUAGUCUGUCCUGCGCUAGACAUGUCAAAAGUAGGGACUGCAAGAGCUCAAAUCCAAAACAUCACUUAUAUUGCUUCUAAUAAGCUGGAGGAGUUUUCAUAGGUUGUCAAUUUGCCUGCAUAGAUUGGGCUUAUGAGUACAUGACAUGCUUAUUUCUAAGAUGUUCUGGAAUCAUAUGCUGGUACAAAUCCAAAACAUCUGUUGGUCUGUUCUUAUUUAUGAUGGUUGCAUUACUGCCAUCCAGGAGGACUGGAGAAAGUAAGUUUAAUUUUCUUGGAAAGAGCAAAAAAUAAAAAAGCCUUCAUCAGGUAUCCUGAAAAGGAAAACCAAAAGAAAUGCUCCUCAACUAAACUCUUGUGUUUGAAACAGUCAUUUUACAUACAUCAACAGUCACUGUAAUGAUCAAAGAAGAAAACUGUCGUAUGUCAUGCCAAGGAUGUCUUGCCUCUUGCAGAGAUCCCUACUGUUCUGAUAGCCAUUGUUAAAAUUUUAUACUGAAACCCUGCUGUGAUGUCCCACCCUGGGGGGAAUAAAUCAGAGGUCAGCUGUACAGAAAACAAGACAGUGCUCUCGUUAAAUAAGGGUAAAAUGACAACGGGCAUCAACUCUCAAAUGUUCAAGCUGACAGUACUAAAACAGGUGUAAUCUAUUUCUGUCUUACUCAGGUUUCUUAGUCAUUGGAAUUUCAGAACAAAACCAGACUAGGCCUUUGGUAAAUCAGUGUAUGAUCUGGAAAAUUCAAGAACGAUAUGCAGGUAGAAAUCUAGCAUGAGUUAGCUAACAAUAGUUUCUACUUGGUUAUGGAUAGAAUAUUAAAUGUAUAUUCAAAUUAUUGACAUGGAGUUUAGCCCACCAGAUCACUCGAGGUGAAGCUGAUUUGUAGCAUACAUCACUGAGCAUUCCUGCUAAUUUGGACUAGGGAGGUAUGUAGUCACAAAGCAGGCAAGAUGGUGUAGUCAGUAGGGGAGGGCACACUUCGGGAUUGCAGGUUCUAGUUUGUGUUUUACUAGAACCCUGAGUUGUUUGGAAGGACAAGAGCCUACAGCCUUGUUCUAUCUUGUGAGUUAAAAGAUGUGAGAACCGCUGUAUUAUGUAUUUUACUCACGGGACAUGGUCAUAACCACUAUAUAUCCGAUUCUGCAGUACACUAAGAUAUGUAUCAAAGUUCUACUGUAUAUAAAAAAUAUAAUGUAGGGCCUGCUGUCCACCAAAUGGGGGCUCAAAAUGGCUAGCAUACAUAAAGCUGCAAUCCUAUACAGUAGGGCCCUGCUUACUGGCGUUCCGUUUUGCGGCGUUCCGCUGAUGCGGCAGCUCUCAGUUAGGGGAAAUUCCCCGUUUUAAAGCCGAUUUUGCGAUUUUACGGCAUUUUGCGACAUUUUUGCAUCAUUUUCGUGCGUCGCAGCCCAUUAUAGUCAAUUAUCGCUUUACAGCGAUUUCCGCUUUACAGCGGGAGCCUGGUCCCUAACCCGCCGUAUAAGCGGGGCCCUACUGUAUACACUUUUCAGGGAGCAAGUCCCAUUGAACUCUUAUUAUUAAUUUUUUUUAUUGCAUUUAUAUACUGCCCCAUAGCCAAAGCUCUCUGGGUGGUUUACAACAAUUAAAAACAUUAAAACAAAUAUACAAAUUUAAAAACAUUUUUAAAAGCAAUUUAAAAACACAUGCUAAAAUGCCUGGGAGAAGAGGAAAGUCUUGACCUGGUGCCAAAAAGAUAACACUGAUGGUGCCAGGUGCACCUCGUCAGCCAUAUCAUUCCAUAAUUUGGGGGUCACCACUGAGAAGACCCUCACCCUUGUUGCCUGACUCCCAGCUUCCCUCAGAGGAGGCACCCGGAGGAGGGCCUUGGAUGUUGAGUGUAGUAUACGGGUGUGUUCAUGUUGGGAGAGGCGUAAUUGCAUCCACCAGGAGUUUGUGUCUAUCUGCACUCAAGCCAUCUCCUAUAUUGUUUCAUUGCUCUCAGCUCUGGGGUAUACCAUGGAGCCAUAUGAGCUCUACACAGGAGAGGGCACUCAGGAGCAAUCAUGUCAAUCGCCCGGGUCAUUUCUGUAUUCCACAGUUCAACCAGGGUUUUGACAGGAGCACCAGCCCUAUCAGCCAGAAAACUCCCCAGGGCCCUUUGGAAACCAUCCGGAUCCAUUAGUCCCUGGGGGCAAAAGACCUCUUGGUUGCCAGGCCCAGCCUCCAAGAUGUCUUCUGUAUCUUUAAAAGUUGUGCAGGGGAAAGGGAGAAUUCCAUCUUGUAGUUUUUCCCAUUACAGUGUUGGAAGAACACCUGCACUUGGCUGACUUUCUCUUCUCCUAAAGAUACAGUAUCAGUCUCAGGCCCUAAACCUGGCAACCCUACUCUAUAGCUAUGCAUUUUCUUUAAGUUAGGAAUGGGAUGAGAAAAUAUAAGGAAUAAGAACCCCUAUAGCAAAUUAAUAGAACUGUGGUGCUCAUGAAAUUCCAGUCACCCCAAGUUGAGCCAAACCCAACCUGGUAUCGUUAUAUUGCUCAAGGAACAUGUUGUAAUAUCUCCAGGUUACCUGGGUCAGCCUAGCCAAUCAGGAACAACAAAAUAUAGAAAGUACCGGGUAUGCAUGAAAGCCCACUCACAGUAGAAUGUAGUGUAGGGUAGUAACUGGUUUCAACUGGCCUGGAAGAGUAUUAGUCAAGGGGGACAGCAGAACAAUGGUGAUAUUAGUAAGACAGACAGAAUAUUGGAAUAAGAAGUAUAUUAAAAUAAUGACAAAUUACCUGUACACGUGUUCAUGUAACUAGAGAGUAGAAUUACCUAAUGUUUUCUGAUUGGUUUUGAAAUAUUGCAGAGACUGUUAUGUUAUGUAGGAAGGAACUUGUGGGAUUGGUAAACUAAUGUCACAUGCUGCACUUAGUACUGUAUAAAAGAGCCAUGCAGACCGUGCCUCAUUGCAGACUGAGACUCUGAGAGGCUGACCCUGCGUAUGCUUGUAAAGAAUAAAGACCUACCUUUUUGCUUCAA